CCCGAUCCAUAUCAUUUUCAUCCCACCGUGCCUGCUUAGAAUCUCCCAAAGGAGCCAGUACAGAUAAUCUGCCACCUUUCUACGCUCGGUCGUCUUAUCAUGGUGCUAUUCUUUUGAGGCAUAGCCGCCAAUAAACCCCAACGUUCCUCUCCCCUGCCCUGGGCCAUUGUCUCAGCGCCCAUCAUGAGCUCACCCGCAAACCCUCCUGGUCCUCUCACACCCCCUGCAGAACCCUCCUCACAGGCACCUCAACCUGCGCAAGCCUCCCAAGCGACAGCACAACCCCAGGUUGAAGCACUCCUGUCACAGCCCCUAACCUCACUAUCAGACGAUGGAAAUUCAAAUCGACCGCGAGACCACCGACUGAUCCACCUGCUACUCGUGUCUCACGGCAUCGCAGCAUAUCAGCAGCGCGUCCCGCUACAGCUCAUGGACUUUGCCUACCGAUACACCAGUUCCGUCCUCAGCGAUGCCUUACAUAUUCAAAAUGAAGCCUACGACCAAGCCGACGGUGGUGCUCAGACUAAAGGUCGGGGAGUCAAGCCGAAUCAGAACAAAGGCGAAGAAGGCGACAUAAGCCUAGCUGCUCUGCGGAUGUCAAUAGGCUCGAGAAUGGGAUACCAGUUUCAGGGAAGCCUGCCAAAGGAGUUUCUGAAGCAAUUGGCGGACGAAAGGAAUCGGAUAUCACUGCAGGCUCAGACCAGGGACAAUGACAAGAGCGGACCCAUGAUAGGAGGUGUUCGCCUUCCACAUGAAAAAUAUUGUCUAACCGGCGUGGGCUGGGGGCUGAAGGAUGAAUGGGACAGCGAGGGUGAGGAAAGCCUGGAUCAGGGCGAAGAAGAAGACCGACCUGAACCGGAAGACCUCAUGCAGAUGGACGACAAGGAAGGAGACGAAGACGAAGAGGGCCUGGGCACAAUGGAGGAUGUAUUCGGUCCCGAUGAUGGAGGGGGUGAAAAAGAAGCCGACGCAGAUGGGGAUGUGGACCUGUCGUAGGACGACUUGGACAUCGGGGACGAUCAUAUCAACGGCAUCACCAACGGUGUAUUAUGGCAUACGGACGGCAUUCUGGAUUAAAAAUGUGAUACCCUUCAAAGACUCAGCCGGCAGGUAGCAGGAAAUCAGGUUCUCUAUAUGAGACUCGUAGCUUCCCUGGAGCCGCUGGUGUUCCUCCAUACAAUAAGAAGAGAUUCGCCUGUUA